AUGGUGUUCUUGUCUGGUGCAGAGGGCAAUAAGUUUCUAUUUUCAAAUGAAAAUAAGCUAGUUCGAAUCUGGUGGCCGAGUACUGUUGACAGAAUCUUUCCUAAGACUCAUCAGAAAGCUAAUCAUGAAGACUUUGCAAGCACGCGCAAAUUGCUAUCAGCCCCUCUCAGAUUAGUGUCUCUUCAAAGAUUUGUUUUACCUGCUGUUAGGAAGUACAUAUUCUCAUUGGCCUGCACAUUAUUCGAUGACACAAAGAAAGUUGAAAGAUUGUCCACGUAUAUUGAAGACAUUUCCACUGGUCUGCUCUCUAUGCCUAUAAAUCUACCAGGAACAACUUUCAACCGAGCAUCCGAAAAGAUGUGCAAAGAGGUUCAAGAUGUCAGCAAUCAAAGGAAAAGUGAUCUAUCAGAGAACAAAAUUGCUGCACCAGAAGACAUUUUGUCUCAGAUACUCCAGGCGACAAAUGAGAAAGAACAGUUUUUGAACGAGUCCGAUACAUUGUAG